AUGUCUAUCAAUCAUUCUUAUAAUGAUGUGCUCAGUGACAUUAGCCAAGAUGAAUAUUGCUAUAAAGAUACGGUGGAUGAAAAUGGCAAACGUAUACCUGUUCGUUGCACUCAAUAUAAUAGUUUGCCACCAGGAUGUUCUCUAAAUCCAGGUGUUUCUGGUGCUGAAUAUCCUGAAUGUUGUCCAAGCGUCUAUUGCCCUGAAUAA